CAGGGAGGACAGGGAGAGGAGAGCAAAAGAGAAAAAGAAACUGAAAGAGCCACACAGACAGAUUCAAGGAGGAUAUAUUCAACAGACACGUCCAGAAAAUAAAAAAUAGCAAAGAAAAAACUACAUCAGAGACGAGGUUAGAUUGUAACGACAAGGAACGACAGAGACAGUUUGACCGAGUGAAAUGGAAUCAAAGAGACUGAGACAAACUUGGGAUUAUCAGUAACGGAUCAUCAGAAGAGGAGUUUCUCAAACAUGGACUAGUCUGGGAGUCUGAUACGCACACACACACACCUUACACACACACACACACACACACACACACACACACACACACACACACACACACACCCUUCACACACACACAAGCACUCACACACACUUGGUUUCCUGUUGUGAGCCGUGGACAGGUGUCAGUAUGCAGGAGUCUCCAGGUGCCAUGGGUGUAGAUGGAAGCUACGCCAGCAAUGUUCCUGCCUUCCUCACUAAGCUGUGGACCCUGGUGGAGGAUCCAGAUACCAACCACCUCAUCUGCUGGAGCGCUACCGGGACCAGUUUCCACGUGUUUGACCAGGGGCGCUUUGCCAAGGAAGUUCUGCCAAAGUACUUUAAACAUAAUAAUAUGGCGAGCUUCGUCCGACAGCUCAACAUGUAUGGUUUCCGUAAGGUGGUGAACAUUGAGCAGAGCGGUCUGGUGAAGCCUGAGAGAGACGACACUGAGUUCCAGCAUCUGUACUUCCUCCAGGGACAUGAGCACAUGUUGGAACACAUCAAGAGGAAGGUAUCCAUAGUGAAGAGUGAGGAGACCAAAGUUCGUCAGGAGGACCUCAGUAAACUGCUGUAUGAAGUUCAGCUCCUCAGAACACAACAGGACAACAUGGAGUGUCAGAUGCAGGACAUGAAACAACAAAACGAAGUCCUGUGGAGAGAGGUGGUCUCGCUGAGGCAGAACCACACACAGCAGCAGAAAGUCAUGAACAAGCUGAUUCAGUUUCUGUUCAGCCAGAUGCAGUCCAACACGCCCAGCACUGUGGGCCUAAAGAGAAAGCUGCCCCUGAUGUUGGACGAUGGCUCUCCCAGCCCUCCUGCCUCCAAGUUCAGCCAUAGUCACCCAAUGGAGCCCAUGCACGAGCCCUUCUACAUCCAGUCGCCAUCCAGUGAUACUGCCUCUUGCUCUACCAGUGGGCUGACAGGAGGACCAAUCAUAUCAGAUGUUACUGACAUGUCUCAGGCCAGCAUGACCCUCCAGAUGCAGCCUGAUGAGACCAGGGAGAAGUGCAUGAUGCUCAUCAAAGAGGAGCCUGUGAGUCCAGGAGUGAGAGGAGCGGGAAAGGGAGGCAGCGUAGGUGGAGGAGAGAACGUAGCGUUGACCUCCUCCUGUGAGGUGUGCUCCUCGGAACCCCCGGUCCUCCCCGUCGCAAUGGUUCAGUCCGUUCUGGAGGGGAGGGGCUCCGUGGCCUCGAUGAUGGAGAGGAGGAGUAAGAGACCUGCCCUGGACAGAGUGGAGGUGUCGGAUGCCGUGGAGAAUGUGGACAUGAGCCUGGAGGAGCUUCAGCAGCUGCUGCUCAGGAGCCAUCAGCAGAGUACUGUGGAAGCUGGAGCCAGCGCUGUCAUGGAUCCCUUCAGUUUAAGCCUGCCUCUGACAGAGUGGAACUUCACAGAGAUGGAGUCCAACCUCAAAUCAUACAUGUUCCAGAACCAGGAAGCAGAGGCUUUUCCAGCUACUGGCUGUGAGGAACAGUGAUCAACCACUAUGCUGUGGACCGUACUUUCUGAAGUAGAAGGCAACAGAAGCUGCUCUUCUCCUCAUUAUUCCACUCUGCAUCAGUUUGAUCCCACGGCACUGCCAAGGCUGUAUCUUACACAUGCCUCUAUUUUCUUUCUUAACAUCCACAUACCUACAAAAUGCAGCGACGACGAAGCCUGUAUGCUUAUAUUACCUGGUCAGCUGACUGCCAGUGGGCCUGUGAGCGACCAGCGCUGUGGGCACGACCGCUGCCUGCACAAAGAAAGACACUGGUCUGAGGUUUUCAUAGUUACCUAAACCAACAAGAGUGUUAUGACAUGAUUACAUCUAGACUCCAAUAUUAAGCCAGCUGGAUGCAGACGGUGCAUUCUUGGCUCCAGCACUUUAGUCUUUUUGUGAGAGGGAGUUCCUGCUUGUGGAAGUGACUUUUUCCUCCUGUAUAAAGAAAUCUAUUACGGAUGUACAGAUGAAUAUUUUUAUUAUUUUAUCCUUAUAACAAAAAUACUGUAUUUGUAUCCAAGAGAAAACUUUGGCAAAAAAAAAGGGUCGCUGUGAAGAAAAUAUAUUGGAGGCAAUGUAACAUAUUGUAUAUUAGCAGUUCUGUGAUUAUUUUCAUUCUGUGUAUAAGGGUGUGGAAAAUACAAGGGCUUUUCAUACA